AUGGGGCAACAAUUAACAACACCUUUAAGCCUGACUCUAGGACACUGGAAGGAGGUUCGAGAGAUCGCCCACAGUUUGUCGAUGGAAGUCCGCAAAAAGGAGUGGGUGGCGCUCUGCACCUCCGAAUGGCCCACUUUCGGUGUCAGGUGGCCGAAGGAUGGAACCUCUAACCUUGACUUAAUUUUGCAGGCAUUCCCAUUGCGUUUGGUUGGGGGGGAGCUUCAGUACUGGCCAUUUUCCGCGUCAGAUCUCUACAACUGGAAAACCCACAACCCCCCAUUUUCGCAGGACCCUCAGGCCCUCACGGGCCUGAUUGAGUCGAUUCUGUUAACCCACCAACCCACUUGGGAUGACUGUCAGCAGCUUUUACAGGCCCUCCUGACCACGGAAGAGUGGCAGCGGGUUUUCACAGAAGCCCACAAAAAUGUGCCGGGGGAUGACGGCCGCCCCACUCAGCUACCUAACGAAAUUGAUGAGGUGUUCCCGCUGACUUGACCGAAUUGGGACUUCAAUACGGCAGCAGGUAGGGAGCGACUCCAUCUCUAUCGCCAGGUUCUCCUGACAGGUCUCCGGAGGGCAGGAAGACGCCCCACCAAUUUGGCCAAGGUACGUGCGAUUGUGCAGGGUAGUGAGGAAACUCCGGCAGGAUUUUUAGAAAGGUUAAUGGAAGGAUACAGAAUGUAUACUCCCUUUGACCCACAGGCCCCUGACCUGCAGGCCGACGUAAUCAUGUCCUUCAUUGGACAAUCGGCCCCGGACAUCCACACAAGGCUACAGAGGCUGGAGGGGUUGCAGGGGUAUACACUGCCGGACCUAGUCAAGGAGGCAGAAAAGAUUUUCAAUAAAAGAGAGACAAAGGAGGAAAGAGAAGAGAGGUUAUGCAAAGAACAGGAAUGUAGAGAAGAUCAGAGAGAUAAAAAGAGAAACAAGGACUUAGUUAAGGUCCUGGCCACCGUAGUUGCAGGGUCAAAGACAAGACAAGACAAGGGCAAGCAAGACAGGGACCAGGGAGACAAAUGGAGACCGAGAGUGGAACGAGACCAGUGCGCCUACUGUAAAGAAAGAGGACAUUGGGCCAGGGACUGUCCGAACAAGGGACGGCCGAGACCCCAGCAGAGAACUGCUCCGGUCCUGUCAUUGGAAGACGAUGAAUAGGUAGGUCAGGGCCAGGAGCCUCCCCCUGAGCCCCGGGUAACCCUGAAAGUGGGAGGCCGACCAGUCACCUUUCUGGUCGACACAGGAGCCCAGCAUUCAGUUCUUACCACAACUGAGGGCCCUCUCAGUUCCAAGACAUCAUGGGUCCAGGGGGCCACUGGAGGAAAACUGUACAAAUGGACUACUGAGCGUAAGCUCGACCUGGCAACAGGGCGGGUCACGCAUUCGUUCUUACUAGUGCCGGACUGCUCAUACCCCCUGCUGGGAAGGGAUCUGCUCUCAAAGGUUGGGGCCCAGAUCCAUUUCCAAGACAAGGGAGCCACAGUAGUCGGCCCCGCAGGCCAGCCCCUCCAUGUGUUGACCCUGCGGCUGGAAGACAAACACCACCUUCAUGAGUACCCCCUACCAGCUCAGCUCCAAGUAGCAUCUGAUUGGCUUACUAAAUUCCCCCAGUCUUGGGCGGAGACAGGAGGAGUAGGGCUUGCUAUCAGACAGCCCCCAGUGAUAGUAAACCUGAAGCCCACGGCCACUCCCAUAUCUAUCCGCCAAUACCCUAUGGCUGUGGAGGCAAAGGUCGUAAUUCGGCCACACAUACAGAGACUAAUAAAACUGGGCAUAUUGAGACCUUGUCAGUCACCUUGGAAUACCCCUUUGUUACCAGUCAAAAAGCCUGGCUCCAAUGAUUACAGACCAGUGCAAGACCUACGGGAAGUAAACCAUAGGGCUGAGGACAUUCACCCCACGGUCCCUAACCCGUACAACCUGCUGAGCACCCUGCCCCCGACCCGAACUUGGUAUACGGUGCUUGACUUGAAAGAUGCCUUCUUUUGCCUAAGACUGAGUCCCCAGAGUCAACCUCUCUUUGCCUUCGAGUGGAAAGACCCGGAGACUGGGUUUUUGGGACAACUAACGUGGACCAGACUUCCCCAAAGGUUCAAGAACUCCCCUACGCUGUUUGAUGAAGCCUUACACCAGGACUUAGCGGAUUUCCGGGCACCCCAUGCCAUCGAGGCCAUCAUCCGCCAAUCACCAGACAGAUGGCUCUCGAACGCCAGGAUCACCCACUACCAGGCCAUGCUGCUCAACCCUGAAUGGGUUCGGUAUGGGACUGCUGCCUCGCUCAAUCCAGCCACCCUGCUUCCUGAGCCGGGGUCUGAAUCACAAGUUGACCACGACUGCCACCAAGUGUUAGCCGAAGUGCACGGGACCCGAGAGGACCUGACCGAUCUACCCCUGUCAAACGUAGUCACCUGGUAUACGGACGGGAGCAGCUUCUUGCACCAAGGUGAGAGAAAGGCAGGGGCGGCAGUGGUGGAUGGGGAAACUGUCAUAUGGGCCUCUGCUCUGCCCCCAGGGACUUCGGCACAGAAGGCUGAACUGGUGGCCCUCACCCAAGCGCUCCGUGCCGCUAAGAAUCGGAGGGUAAACAUUUAUACCGACAGCCAUUACGCCUUUGCCACCGUGCAUAUACAUGGGGAAAUAUACAGGAGGAGAGGAUUGUUAACCUCAGGGGGCAAGGAUAUCAAAAAUAAGCAGGAGAUCUUAGAUCUCCUACAAGCCCUCCACCUUCCAAAGAAAGUGAGCAUCAUCCACUGCCCAGGACACCAAAAAGGAAAUGACCCAGUGGCCAAAGGAAACAGACUGGCGGACGAGAUGGCCAAGGCCAGUGCCCUAGGCAGUGUCGCUUUGGUGGCCCAGUCAUCUGAGGCCCCCUCUAACGAACAAGGGUGGUCAUAUUCGGAGCAAGAUGUGACAGCCAUCCAAAGACUGGGAGGCGCGUACAAUGACCAGCGUAAGGUCUGGGAGAUCCAGGGGAAAAUAGUACUGCCAAGAAAGGAAGCCAAGGACCUCAUAAGAGACCUCCAUAGAUGGACCCACUUGGGGCAUAAAAAGUUAAAGGCCCUACUGGACAGAGAGGAACUAACCUACUUCAUAAUAGGACUGGACUCAUUAGUAAAACAAGCAACAGAAUCCUGUGUCCCUUGUGCUAAAGUAAAUCCAAAGGGCAUUAAAGUACUAAUACGAGGGGCACGCCCGGGAACAAACUGGGAGGUGGACUUCACCGAGAUCCGUCCCAGUAGGUAUGGAAUUAAGUAUCUCCUAGUAUUUGUAGACACUUUUUCCGGCUGGACAGAGGCUUUUCCGGUAAAAAAGGAAACAGCGCAGGUGGUGGUCAAGAAAAUCCUAGAAGAAAUCUCUCCGCGGUUUGGCCUGCCUAAGGUACUGGGAUCCGAUAAUGGGCCGGCCUUUGUCUCCGGGGUAAGUCAGUUGGUGGCCAAGGUACUGGGGAUUGAUUGGAAAUUACAUUGUGCUUACAGACCCCAGAGUUCAGGACAGGUAGAGCGCAUGAAUAGAACAAUUAAGGAGACCUUAACCAAAUUAAUGAUGGAGACUGGCACUAGAGACUGGGUAGAGUUAUUACUGAUGGCCCUAUUCCGGGCCCGCAACACUCCCUCCGCAUUUGGGUUAACUCCGUAUGAGAUAUUGUACGGGGGUCCUCCCCCAAUAGCUGACUUAUUGGGACCCAGCAUUGACUCUUAUGCCAGUUCCCCCAGUCUGCAGACCCAACUGAGAGUUUUGCAGCUGAUUCAAAAGCACGUGUGGAAACCUCUAGCAGCAGUGUACCAAUCCAAGUGCCCUACAGUGCCACACUCUUUCCAGAUCGGAGAUUCAGUGUACGUCCGCAGACAUCAGUCCAGGACCCUCGAGCCGCGUUGGAAGGGACCCUAUACGGUGCUGCUGACGACACCCACUGCAGUGAAAGUCGAUGGGAUUGCCGCUUGGGUUCACGCUUCUCACGUCAAGAGGGCACCGCUGGAGGGAGGAGGCCCCGCGGACGACUCAGCCAAAUGGACACUCCAACACACUCAAAACCCCCUCAAGAUAAGACUUUCAAAAGCUGCUUAA